UUAGUCCGUCUGUUUAUUAACAAUCUCUCAAAUUAUUUAUCCUGGGUUUCAGGUGUAACAGUGCGUGACACCGAAAAGUCGUCUAAAAUAUUUGAGAGGGUGUCCCUGAACUUCACUUUCUUUUUGCUGUUUAUGACAGAAGAGCUUUAUCUUAGCUGGAGACGUUUCUGGGAAACUCCAGUUGGUUUUACUCCCGCCCCCUUGCUCCUCCAUCGCCGCUUCCUCGCCCCUCCCCGAAUCUUGCCUUUUCGGCUUCCCGCUUCUGCGCACCUCGACCCCGGCCUAAGCUGUCUUGCUUCGACUCGACCGCCUCCUAUAACCAGCACGGCCAAGCAUGUCGGAAUACAGCGCGGUGCCGCCGCCCGGGGCUGGAACACCCCUCGGCGGACAGCCACCCCUGGGGGCCGCCGGAGGAAUCAAGAAAGAUGCCUUUGCUGACGCGGUGCAGCGAGCCCGUCAGAUCGCAGCGAAGAUCGGCGGAGAUGCAGGGGGGGCCGCAAUGAACAACAGUAAUCCAGCCGAGAGCUACCCUUUCACAGCACAGAAACGGCAGCUGGAGGAUGCAGAACAGCCAGAGAGCAAGAAAAUGGCCCCCCAGAGUGACCGGGACUCGGCGACCGCGCUGUCCAUCGGCGCUCAGCUGGCUGCUCUGGCCCAGCAGAGUCGGCCAACGACCACCACAGAGGAGUACAGUGUCCCUGAUGGCAUGGUUGGACUCAUCAUUGGCAGGGGAGGAGAACAGAUCAACAAAAUCCAGCAGGAUUCUGGCUGCAAGGUUCAGAUUGCACCAGACAGUGGAGGUCUUCCAGAGAGGAGUGUGUCUCUCACUGGAACCCCGGACUCCAUACAGAAAGCCAAGAUGCUCCUGGACGAGAUCGUGUCGCGGGGGAGGGGGACACCCCCGUCUUCCUUCCACGAGUCGACCAACGGCCAGAGCGGCUCAGUCCAGGAGAUGAUGAUCCCUGCAGGCAAGGCCGGCCUGAUCAUCGGCAAGGGAGGGGAGACCAUCAAACAGCUGCAGGAGCGAGCAGGAGUGAAGAUGAUCCUAAUCCAGGACGGUUCCCAGGCGCCAAACAUGGACAAACCCUUACGCAUCAUCGGGGAGCCCUACAAAGUACAGCAAGCACGAGAGCUGGUCCAGGAGAUCCUGCGAGAGAGGGAUCACCCCGGAUUCGGAGACCGGAACGAGUACGGCUCCCGCAUGGGCGGAGGAAUCGAUGUGCCAGUUCCCCGUCAUUCAGUCGGAGUGGUGAUUGGUCGCAACGGAGAGAUGAUCAAGAAAAUUCAGAACGACGCCGGAGUGAGGAUACAGUUCAAACCAGAUGAUGGCGCAGGGCCUGACAAAGUGGCCCACAUCAUGGGUCCCCCCGAGCGCUGUGACCAUGCUGCCCGCAUCAUCGCUGACCUGCUUCAGAGUAUCCGGGUUCGAGAGGAAGGACAGGGGGGGCCACCAGGGCCACCAGGAAUGCCCCCUGGGCGGGGCCGGGGGCGGGGACAGGGCAACUGGGGCCCACCAGGCGGGGAGGUGACCUUCUCCAUCCCUAGCCACAAGUGCGGCCUGGUCAUCGGCCGGGGAGGCGAGAACGUCAAAGCCAUCAACCAGCAGACGGGGGCGUUCGUGGAGAUCUCCCGCCAGCUGCCCCCCAACGGUGACCCCAACUUCAAGCUCUUCGUCAUCCGGGGCUCCCCUCAGCAGAUCGAUCACGCCAAGCAGCUGAUCGAGGACAAGAUCGAGGGUCCGCUGUGUCCUGUGGGCCCAGGUCCAGGUGGCCCAGGACCCUCCGGGCCAAUGGGGCCGUACAACCCCAAUCCCUACAACCAGGGACCCCCUGGUCCCCCUGGUCCACAUGGUCCCCCAGCCCCUCACCAGUACCCCCCGCAAGGCUGGGGUAAUGCGUACCAGCAGUGGCAGCCCCCGGGACCUCAUGACCCCAGUAAGGCAGCUGCAGCGGACCCCAACGCUGCCUGGGCGGCUUAUUACGCCCAGUAUUACCAGCAGCCUGCGGGCGCAGUGCCCGGGCAGCCCCCCGCCGCGCCCACGGGCGCCCCCACACCUACGGAGCAGCCCCAAGCUGGCCAGACCCCCGGCGGCCAGCCCGACUACACCAAGGCCUGGGAGGAGUACUACAAGAAGAUGGCUCAGGCAGGCAGUACGGCGGCUGCCCCAGCCGCCGGCGGUGCCCAGACUGACUACAGUGCCGCCUGGGCAGAGUACUACAGACAGCAAGCUGCUUACUAUGGGCAGACAGGGGGACAGGCUCCAGGUCAGCCAGCUGCCCCACAGCAAGGACAGCAGCCAAGGCAGUGGGACACAGAGUGA